AUGCAGCGUCGCGAGACUUCGCAUAAGCCAAUCACGCCACGUGUGGUUGGCGGCACCACACUCCCUCUCUUCUCCCACACCAUGUCAGCCCAACCUCCCCCUUCACCCCCCUCCACCUCACCAAGAUCAUCAUCACCGCUUCCGACCCACACACCUCUUCCGAGCGUCCCCGACGACCUCUCUUCUUAUCCUGGCACCUUCUUCGGUGCGGAUUUUGGCUCUCUACCAGGUCUUGCCCCAGGCUCGGGCAUAGGUCUGGCAGCAGGCGCUCAGAUGCAGCAUAUGCUGAAGAUGGGGCGGUUCAAAGCACGCGUAUGGCUGGGGAAGAAGGCGGAUGGGGGGGUGCCCUGCAGAACACCAGGGAAGGUUCCCAAGGAGGAGCAAGGGGAGACUGAGAGGUUGGAGCGUUUGGUGAACCGCUAUGACCGCGGUCAGAUGGCAAGAGCUGAUUGGCUGGAUGAUCUCGCCUUUUCUACCAUUGAUACCAUUCUCGAGGGGGAGGAGAAGGAACGUUCCAGGAGGCGGGGAAGUGUGGCGGCAAGAUUGGUCGUGGAGUUUCCAACGUUUGACCAUCCAGUGGCGUUUCAGAUAGAGCAGCGAGUCAACCCGGCAGAGGCCAAGCAGCUCAAGCUCACUCGCAUGCUCACCCGUGGCAACAUGGAGAGGGACCUCAAGCCCAACCUCACUGAGAGAAAGGCCAUCGCCACCAUCCUGAGCUACCCGCCCACCCAGUCGCUCUCCCCAGAGGACGUGCAGUUGCUGUGGCGCUUCCGUUUCUCCCUCACCACCGACCGCCGCGCCCUCACCCGCUUCCUGCGCUGCGUUGACUGGAGUGAUGCGGAGGAGGCACGAGAGGGCACAGAGCUGAUGUAUGCAUGGGCUCCCAUCGACACUGCUGAUGCGCUUGAGCUGCUCUGCCCCACGUUCUCAUGUGAGGAGGUGCGCGCGUACGCGGUGACGGUGCUGGAGAGAGCAGGGGACGAGGAGCUGAAGAGCUAUCUGUUGCAGCUUGUGCACGCCCUCCGAUACGAACGCUCUGACUUUUCCAACCUGGCUCUCUUCCUCAUCUCCCGAGGAUGCCAUAACUUCGAGCUUGCAAAUUUCCUCCACUGGUAUCUCCAGGUGGAGCGGCAGGACCACGUGUUUGCCUCGCGCUACGCCUUCGUGCACGACCAUCUGCUUGCCACCCUUCUUGAGCUGGGAGCAGAGGGAGCGGAGGUGCACGCGCAGCUGAUGAGGCAGUGUGAGCUGGAUGCAGCGCUGGCAGGCACCAUGCACGCCAUCAACGCCGUGAGGGGCAGCACUGCGCGCAAGGUGGAGCAGCUGCGAGCUCUGCUCUCUGCCGAUGCUGACGGCAGCCUUGCUAGCUUUGCCCAGCCCCUAGCCCUGCCAGUGGAGCCAUCGAUCCGGGUGGUGGGAAUAUCGGCGGAGGAGUCGAGUGUGUUCAAGAGCAUGCUGCAUCCUCUCAAGCUGGCAUUCAGAAAGGAGGACGGUGGUCUGUGCCGUGUCAUCUUCAAGAAGGGAGACGACCUGAGGCAAGACCAGUUGGUGAUUCAGAUGGUGACGUUGAUGGACAAGCUGCUCAAGAAGGAGAAUCUGGACCUCUGCCUCACGCCCUACCGUGUCCUCGCCACUGCUGCUGACCAGGGCUUCGUGGAGUUCGUCCCCUCCAUGCCCCUCGCCCAGGUGCUGGCAGAGUACCGGUCGAUAGAGCGCUACCUGCACCAGUUCCACCCGGAUGCCGAGUCGCCCUAUGGCAUCACACCCACCUGCCUCGACACCUUCAUCCGCAGUUGCGCUGGUUACUGCGUUACCAUGUACAUCCUCGGCGUGGGCGACAGGCAUCUGGACAAUCUACUGCUCUGCACGGAUGGUCGUCUCUUCCACAUUGACUUUGGGUACAUCUUUGGUCGGGAUCCCAAACCCUUCCCGCCGCCCAUGAAGCUCUGCAAGGAGAUGCUCGACGCCAUGGGGGGUGCAAGCAGUCCCGAGUACGUGCGCUUCCGCUCGUACUGCUGUGAGGCCUUCAACAUUCUGCGAGCGAGCAGCCGCCUCUUCCUCAACCUCUUUCACCUCAUGGCGCAUGCCAGCAUCCCUGACAUCGCCUCGCACGACCCCGACCAGCUGCUCACUAAGCUGCAGCAGAAGUUCCGUCUUGAUUUGGACGACGAGGCGGCAGUGCAGUUCAUCCAGGAGCUCAUUAACGAGUCGGUGUCGGCGCUGCUGCCACACAUGGUGGAGACCAUCCACAGAUGGGCGCAGUACUGGCGGUGA